AUGUAUCGCCCAAGACUGUUGGGCCAAAAUCUUCGGGGCUUCACCCUCGCCCGAACAUGUCGUCGAACAUAUAUCACAGAUGCUGAUGUUGAAUCUGCGAGAAGAUACUGUUUGACACAGUUACAAAACAGCGACUAUGAUGCUCAUCUCAUUCGCCGCUUUGUCCCCUCUCCAGUACAGGACACCUACGCUGCUCUCCGUACCCUCAACCUUGAGCUUGUUCGCCUUCCUGAGCUCGUUUCUAACCCCACGAUUGGAUCUUUUCGAAUGAAGUUCUGGCAAGAAUCCAUUGACAACACUUUCGCGGGUCGUCCCCCUCGCGAACCCAUCUGCAUCCUCCUUCACAAGGGCCUACAAGAUCUGGAGGCCCGUGAUGGCAAUUCCACCAAGAAAUCCAUAAAAUUUUGGAUCUCAAGAUUAAUUAAAACGAGAGAAAAGCAUAUGAAAAACAGGCCUUUUGCCAAUCUGGCGAGCUUAGAAGAGUAUGCUGAGAAUACAUAUUCGACUCUCAUGUACACGACAUUAGCAUCGCUCCCACUGAGAUCAAUGCAUGUUGAUCAUCUCGCAAGUCAUAUCGGGAAGGCCUGUGGUAUCGCUGCGAUCCUACGUGGCAUUCCUGUUCUGGCGGCACCUCCUUCCCCAGUAAAUACACCUUCUGGACAAGUUCCAGCUGUGCGAGAGCCUGCGCUUCUUCUGCCACUGGAUGCUAUGGCUGAAGCAGGAGUCAAAGAAGAAGAGGUCUUCAGGCAGGGACCCAAUGCACCCGGACUCCAAGAUGCUGUAUUCCAGGUCGCGACACGAGCCAAUGACCACCUCAUCACGGCCCGAGAGAUGCUCAAGCGGCUCAAGGCAGGAGAGGAUCCAGGUCACGAGUUCGAGCAUCAAGGAGAAGCUGAGCAUUUCUAUACCGAGGGCAGCGAUACAUUGAGAGAGAUCCGACAGGGAUUUGGAGUGCUUCUUGAAGCCAUCCCUUCGGCACAGUACCUGCAACGUCUGGAGCAAGCAGAUUUCAACCCAUUCGCUGUCAAGACAGCUGGCUGGAAACUGCCAUGGAGUAUCUGGCAGGCCUUGUCCAAGGAGCGAAUCUAA